AUGUUCUCAAAAACAUCACCUAAUUCUCUAACAAUUGAACUCGCAAAGCUCCAGAUCACCAGAAGCAUCUGUGCAGCAAACAAUAGUAAUGCACUAAAGAUCACUUUGGUGAAUAAAAAGAAGAUUUCGGAUUACAGCGAGAAAUCUCUACCACCAAAAAAGCGACCCUGCUUUCGAGUAAAAAACUGUUCACCAGAAUAA